AUGGAACGAUUUAUGAGAAUUGUUACAAUUAGCAUAAGCCAAUACCCUCACUUGGCGGGGUUUGACUGUAACGCCUGCCAAGCCUUUCCGAAACCGCUAGUCCGCAGAGUUCGAGCCAACCCAGGACUCUCAAAGCUUGACAGCAGGUGGUUGGUUAGGUCAUAUCAGGAGCCAGCUUUGCACGCGACUGUAGACUUCUUACUCAAAUCACAGAGAGCGUUAAGGGGAUGCAGGCUUCCGUCAGUGUGCCAACAUGCAAGUACAUGUGCACAUUUUGAUCACGUCUUGGUUGCCUGUUCAAUUUAUCAGCUCUUAGAAGCGAAGAUAGGAGACAGAAGCUUCCAAAGGCGAGGCGUGCUUGGAGAAAUUGAUUUGGCCCGACUAACGAGCGAGCCACUUGUGGCCUCGAUCAGCUCUAAAUUACAGAUGCUCAUAUCUCCUGACAGUGUCAUGAGCCGAAAGAACGCGAUAUCAAGCCAUGUUCUUGGCAUGGAGAAAUGGGUCGAUGUGGCAGUUGUAACUCGGCCAGUAAGGUGGUUCGGCGAGAUCAAUUCCAUCCGCCAAAUGGGCACCAUCGAUAUAAGGAGCGAGAAUCACCAAAUUGUGUAUCCUCGUUCAGUUGAGGCCCGCCGUGAUAUCAUGAGCCCUGGGAAGUCCGUUGUGAUCGCCAUCCGACGGACUAGUGUGACUGCAAAUGGUGCUGGUGAACGUGCUGCCAUCAAUGACGAGGUCACAAGACCGUCACACUUGGCAGAUAAGGGCAACCUUUUGCCACUUGACAAGCUGCUGAGCGAAACGGUGCCUUUGCUUAUGCAAGAGAAGCCGAUACUUGUGGUGACGACGAAAGCUUGGCAGACUAUGUUUGGGGAGCUCCUGCUUCACUGA